AUGGUAGAUAAUAGAUCGCCGGAGGUCCGGGAGGCCGUGAAAGACUUGCAUGAAGAUAUCCAGGACGUGUUGAUUAAGGCAUCUAUGGUUCUUUACAAGCACUACAUGACACGGAAUGGGUCUACGACGGAGAAGCGAGGCCCACAGCGAACGGCUAAGUCCACGAACGACUCGGCUUUGACUCUGGAUGUCAAUGUCAAGCAAUUGGAAAAUGCUAUGACUAAAGAACACACUUGUGAUGGGCGUCGUGCAUCCGAGGCUAAGCUGAUUCAUCUGAGAGUUGUUAGGGCAGAGAGGCAACGGAAGGAGAUAUGCAAACUGAAGGAACAAGUUGCAUUAAUGCAAGAAGAGCGCAAGAAACUUCGCAAAGCAUGCUUGUUGAAGGUCAAUGAGCUGCUAUCAUCGUUCGACAAUUCGCAGAUCACCGCGUACCAAAAUGCUAUAUUGGAAAAAGAGCGUCUAAGUAGGGACGGUGAAGAGCUACUCCGACGUCAUGCAAAUCUUUGCAAGAUCCUUAAUAACCUCAAGAGCUGUUAUGAUGGCGCAAAUCAUGCUCAUUACGGAAACACGCGAAAUGCCUCGCUAGAAUUAGUGGUGUCAAUUCACUGGUGA